UUUUUACUACAUUUCAUAGGCAUUUAUUUGCAAUCUGUUGAAAACACACAAAUCAUGAUCAAUCCUAGGACAAAGAUUGCAAGCAAACUAAAACAGUGGUUUCGUAACGAUCAAUUUGUCCGACACAAGACACUAUGGAUAAAUAAGACAUCUCUUCCGCUCAAUAGAUUACUAUGCAUCUCGAAUUCAAUGCGUUUAUCCAUUUCUGAGUUUCACAAAUACAACGGAGGAUGCAAAUGUAGGGUUGUUGGGAGAAUAGAUGAUAUUGAUAAAGUAAAUAGUUCUAAUUCCGUAUUGGCGCAUAUCAAAAUUAAGGAUAUAAGUGGGUCAUUAAGUGUUGGACUAUCUCACAAGCAAAUAUGUUUUAUAUUACAAAAGUCCACUCUUGAUCUACCAACACGAACUGAAGAGGUUAAAUACAUGGACAACAUACGAACCAAACUGUUCUCUCAUAUUGGAGAUGCAUAUGUUUUCGUACUUGAAGCGACAUUGCUAUGUUUUAAAUCUAAAGUUCAUAAAGUUGUGGAUGUUACACACGUUUACUGGGCGGAAGAGUGUGCUUAUCAAUUUACUUGCAAGUUGCCUACUUAUAGCUAACAAAUGUAUCACAAAAUAUAAAUUUUAUGUAUUUUAUUUGUUAUUUAAAUUUUCUUAGUUACAAAUUGUGUUUCAAUUAUAAUGUAAGUUUACUACUUUUUGUUAUGCGUCAUUAAUUAUAUA